AUGGCCACACCAAAUCUAUCAACAUCUGCCGUAAACUCCCCUCUUAUAGGCCAGCCAAUAGUCUCGUAUGAAACUCAAUGGUUAGGUACUCCAACAACAGCUAAUAGCUCAAUCGAAGAUAGACUUCGCAGGAGAAGUAGCCAAGGAGGAAGCAAUUCAGAAGAUACAAGGGGACGAAAUCAAUCGUCUUCAAAAAAGCAAUCAACCAAAGCUGAACGACGAGCAUUACAAGAAAAGCAAAGAGCAGAGAAACAAAAACGCGUAUCUACAGCAAAUGCCUCUACAAGUGCACCCAGCAAUGCAGACAAGAAACCGCCAAUCAACAAUCCCACUAGGCCUAAAAGCACAGCAUUGGCAGCAAAGAGUGACCAACAGAGAAAGAGUAUUUUGAAUCAUCUUGAGCUACCCAAAAAGCCUGAUACAGAUAAAAACAAAGACCUGCAUCCAACAGUGCUGUCCUUAGCCUUGCUGUUUUCCCAAUACAAGAUAGCAGGAUCCAGUGCUCGCUGUGUCGCUGUUUUAGAAACAUUCUCUCAAGUUAUCAAAGAUCAUCAGCCUCCUGACGACGCUACAUUCGUUCGUCACAUUCAAAAGCAUUUGGAUCCUCACAUUGCAUUCCUGCUCAAAUUCAGAUACAUGUCAUUAAGUAUAAGGGAGUGCAUUCGAUGGCUCAAGAAGAUCAUGGCUGAUUUAGUAGCCAUGCACCCGCCGGUUGCAGAUGAAGAUGCUCGUCAAAUGCUGCAAAACCAGAUUGCUCGGUUCAUCCGAGAACGUAUCACCAUGGCAGAUGAACUGAUUGCGCACAAUGCAUUGACGAAAAUUGAAGAUGGCGAUGUUAUACUGACAUUUGCAAAGUCGUCUGUUGUUGAGCGUAUCUUUUUGGAGGCUAAAAAGGUUGGAAGAGACUUUCAGGUCAUUGUGAUUGACAGCAGGCCAUUGCUUGAGGGAAAGAACCUGUGCGUCAAACUAGUCAAGAGUGGGAUCAAAUGCAAAUACAUACUGAUAUCUGGUAUAUAUGAUGCAUUGAAAACAGCAACCAAAGUAUUCAUGGGAUCGCAUGCGAUUCUCAACAAUGGAUCAUCGUAUGCUCGCAUCGGAUCAGCUGCAAUUGCAAUGGCAGCAACAGACAAUCAAAUUCCUGUCAUCUUGUGCUGCGAAACUUACAAAUUUGUCAACCGUACUCAAGUUGACUCGUUGGUGAUGAAUGAAAAGGGGGAUCCAUAUAGCUUGGUUCAAACCGAGGAUAGAGCAACUCCCGUUUUGGCCAACUGGAAACAACAGCAAAACCUCAGCAUAUUGAAUUUGAUGUAUGAUGUAACACCCUCAAAGUACAUUUCUGCUGUUGUUACAGAGAUAGGCAUCAUCCCGUGUACUUCAGCACCCGUUAUUUGGAGAGAAUACAAUCAGUAUGCUGGUUAUUAA